AGUUGCUAAUUUGAUGAUUAAAAGGUAAUAUAUUGGCAUCAUUUUAACAUCAUUUAUUGUUUCAUCAAGGUAUUUUUCUAUUAUCAAUCUUCUGUUUUUGCUUGAUGAUGCCUACCGUUCCUAAUUUUCUAUUCCUCCUCCUUGUAGCGCCAUUCUUAUCAAUUAUGGUUCUUCAUCAAGCCUUCAAAAGCGUCGCCUCAUCAGUAGUAAAGAUAGCCACGAGGUGUCAAAUUCAAAAUUCAACUUUGAAUGUGGAUGGAAUUAAGUUUUCAGUUGAGUUAUUUUGUCUUAUGAUCGUUUGUGAUUAAAUUUUACAGUUAAUGAAUAUAAGCCACGGAUGUUAAUAACAUCCUUCAACAUCCGUGACACAAUUAUUUUUUUCUAGUUCUCUAUUCCAUUCUUGAAUCCUUUCACCAUGAAGAUUUUUCAUCGAGAACUCGAGAAGAACAGGAGUGGCCAUUUUGUGCUGAUGGCGGACGAAGGGGAGGACAUGUGGCACGUGUACAACAUCAUCAGUCCCGGGGACGAGCUCAAAGCCACGACGUUCAGGAAGGUGCAGCAGGAGACCGCCACGGGCAGCACGAACAACGCGCGCCGCGUCAAGACCACCAUCAGGCUGCAGGUUGAGACCACCGACUUCGACGCCUCCGCCUGCAAGCUCAGAGUGAAAGGUCGCAAUGUACAAGAGAGCGAUUUCAUCAAGAUGGGAGGCUACCACACGCUGGACGUUGAGCCCAACAGGAAGUUCACCGUCUACAAGAACGAGUGGGACUCCAUCACCAUAGAGAGGAUAGAGAACGCCUGCGACCCAACUAAGCAUGCGGAGCUGGCCGCCAUCACGAUCCAGGAAGGUCUCGCCUACGUCUGUCUCAUCACAUCAGCUAUGACCGUCGAGCGUUCCAAAAUAGACGUCAAUAUUCCAAAAAAAGGAAAAGCAGACGACAGUCAGCGUAAAAAGAAUUUCCUCAAAUUUUACGAGCAAAUUGCAGCAUCAGUUUACCGCCACCUCAAUUUUGAAGUUUUGAAAGCCGUGCUCGUGGCCUCGCCGGGCUUCUUGAGAGAAGAAUUCCUCAACUACUUAAUGAAGGAUGCCACUGAAAAAGGCAAUAAACAAAUAUUGGAGAAUAGGAGUAAGUUUGUGUUGGUGCACUCAAGCAACGGCUUCAAGCACGCUAUACGGGAGGCCCUGCAAGACCCAGCGGUGGCGCAGAGGCUCUCUGACGUGAAAGCCGCUGGAGAGACAAGACUCCUGCAGCAGUUCCUGUGCCUGCUGGGGUCGACGCCAGACCGAGCCUACUACGGCUACAAGCACGUCAAGCGCGCCGCCAACAACCAGGCCGUCGAGGCACUUCUCGUCUCAGAUACGCUGUUCAGGUCUGUUGACAACGCUGAGCGCCGCCGAUACAUCGCCCUUGUCGAGCAAGUUAAAAACAACGGGGGAGAUGUCAAGAUAUUUUCCUCUCUACACGUCACCGGAGAACAAUUGGAUCAGAUAACUGGCGUCGCGGCGGUUUUGCGUUUUUCGAUGCCAGAAAUCGAAGAAGAUGAUCGUGGCGAAGAUGAUCCGUAAAUGUAAUGGAGUUAAUUCUAAUAAAUUAUUACGCAGCCGUUA